AUGCCUUCAUCUCCUAUAGCCCCUGCCAAAAUUCCCAUGUUCAUUAAGCGGAAAGAGGACAUGAUAAGAGAGCAGUCUGGCGAGUACUGGGGAGUCACCUACCUAGCUCAGUCGCCACUUUUAGAACAAGUCCCUAAGACUACCACAUAUAUCAUGUCCCAGUCGAGAGAAGAGUCAAAUGCUACAAACAAAUCCCAGGACACUACAUUCAAGUAG